AGGUUUUUUUUUUUUGGAGGUCAUCACGAGAGAACCGCACACAGAAAGGGAAGGGAGAGAGGUAUUUGGUAGAGAGAGGAGAGAGAGAGAGAGAGAGAGAGAGAGUUGUGGAGGACCGAUUAUAUUUGUUGGACUGAAUCGAAGAAUUGAAGUUAAAGACGUAGAAGCUCUGGAUUCCGUCUCUUCCCGUCGUCGGCGACGGUGGUUAUGCCUGUUGGCUCUGAGGUGUUUGGCGUUUCAUGAACAAUGAUAACUUUUACUGGUAUUGAGGAGAGUUUAAUGUUCUAUCAGGCGUCCUUUUAAGUGGGUUUUUAUCUUCUGAGUUAUGGAGCAUGUUUUCGUCUGGCCAAGCUGCUACCAUUAUCGGCUUUUCUCAUUCCAAGAAGCGCUCGAUUGGCGGUUUCUUGUACGUUCAGAUAUCCUUGUGGGCUCUUUUGUUAACUGCACUUAGUGGUCAAACCCUCUUCUAUGAUCUUUAGGGAAGGCGUGAGGCAAAUUUCUGAGACAGGGCUGAAGUCUGCAAAUUCUUCAUUCGCAUUGUCCUAGAGAAACCUCUCUAUCUACCCCCUGUGGACAAAGAUUUCUAAGCCCCUUUUCGAUAUCUUGUUCUUAUGGGCGCUGGUUGAAGAAGGAUAUAUCCGUUUCUUUUCAAGUUUACAUACAUCGUAGAUGUGAUACCUUUUAUUUGAGUCUUGAGUCUGAACCCCUGAGUGAAAUGUUGUGAGCUUAGGGUCCUUCCUGUUAGCCAACACAUUCUUUCUUGUUGGUUCCUUUGCGUCUUUGAGUUCGCAGUAUGUGUUUUCUUCUUCUUUUGCUGUCUUUUUUCUGCCUUAAUGGUCAAGCCAUUGAUGUUCAAAGUAAAUAACGGUCAAUCUACCCAGCUGGAGAAUCAUUGAUUUAUUGCCUUGGUGUCCAGUCCUUGCUACGAACAAGUGGAGGAUUAAUGCUAUAUAAACCUUUCGGAAGUUCCUUACAUACAUAAAAUAAAGAAGAUACUUUACUUUACUGGAAAGACAAUGGACAGGUACAAGUUAAUUAAAGAGGUUGGUGAUGGAACUUUUGGUAGUGUUUGGCGAGCUAUUAAUAAGCAGACUGGUGAAGUCGUUGCAAUUAAGAAAAUGAAAAAGAAGUACUACUCGUGGGAUGAAUGUAUUAAUCUGAGAGAAGUGAAGUCGCUCAGGAGAAUGAAUCAUCCCAACAUCGUGAAGCUGAAGGAAGUCAUCCGGGAGAAUGAUAUCCUAUACUUUGUCUUUGAGUACAUGGAGUGCAACCUCUACCAGCUUAUGAAGGAUCGACAAAAGCUUUUUUCUGAAGCUGAUAUCAGAAAUUGGUGUUUUCAAGUCUUCCAAGGCCUUUCUUACAUGCAUCAGCGUGGUUACUUCCACCGUGAUCUUAAGCCAGAAAAUCUAUUAGUCUCUAAGGACAUUAUUAAGAUUGCUGAUUUUGGUCUUGCACGGGAGGUUAAUUCAAGUCCACCUUUUACUGAGUAUGUUUCUACACGCUGGUACAGGGCACCUGAAGUGCUCCUACAGUCAUAUGUGUACACAUCAAAAGUUGAUAUGUGGGCGAUGGGUGCUAUUAUGGCUGAGCUGUUGUCUCUUCGCCCUCUUUUUCCCGGGUCUAGCGAAGCAGAUGAAAUCUACAAAAUAUGCAGUGUCAUAGGUAGCCCAACUGAGGAGAUCUGGUUGGAGGGACUUAAACUUGCUAACACCAUAAACUAUCAAUUCCCUGAGCUUCCUGGUGUUCCUCUUUCAAGCUUGAUGCCAUCUGCUAGUGAAGAUGCGACUAAUCUUAUUACGCGGCUUUGCUCGUGGGAUCCAUGCAACAGGCCGACUGCUGCAGAGGCUCUGCAGCACCCGUUCUUCCAGAGUUGCUUUUAUGUCCCACCGUCUCUCCGCCCCAAGCCAUCAGUUGCAAGAACUCCCCCUCCUGUCGGACCAAGGGGAUCAUUCGAGCACCAAUCAGUUAAACGGCACACGGUGUCUCUUGCCAAUGCUAAGCCAUUCAACAGCCAUGUUACUCCAAAGUCUAAUGCUGCUUUUGGCAGUGGCGUCCAGCGGAAACUCGAUCUGGCUAAUCAAGAUGGGACGAGAAACACUAAACCUGUGAGAAGUUCAGUCAGAGACUCGAAAUACAGACCACCCGGAAGAAAGAGUCCUCAUAACGGAGCAGGGUCGUCAUUCAACAAGAGCCGGGUUGCUCGCGGUGUAUCUGAAACUGCUGAUAAACUCUCGAAUGUGAGCAUCGGAGGAGGCGUGUCUCGAAGGCACUCUGUGUCUGUGAUGCAGCAACAGCAGCUGAAGCCACCGCCGAUGAAGGCAGGUUGUGUAGGAGAAACACGUGACAUGUUCCUUAGACCAACACAACCCACCACCAAUGCCUACUCUAGGAAAGUCGCCGGCUGACCCAAAAGACCUCUCACUGAGCCUCUUCCGAGUAAUAGUUUACUUAUAUGAAUAGCUUAUAAAGUAUACUUUGGUUGGUCCCUGAGUGGUCAGUCUAAAAACAAAAAAUACUUAAAUUGUCUCCUUUUUCGUUACGACGGUCUUGUGUCGUCUAUAGUUCGGGUUUGGUUUUAUUUUCUUACUUUCAGUCGUGUGAUGGCUUGUUUAUGUGUGACGAUUAACAUUUGUGGUUUGGCAAUAAAAGUUUCGACUUUGGGGCUA